AGACAUGCCAAGAGAAAAGGAAAACAUGGCAGUGCCAAAAAAGAAGCAAGAGACGAUGGAAGAAAACGUAUGGUGGAAGAGAAAGCACAGGAAGUGAAGAGAAAAAAGCACAAGAAGGUCGUUGAAACAAGUUCAGAGCCAAGUGAGGAGGAGGACAAUGAUGAAGAGGACAAUGAGGAGGUGGAGGCGAGGCCAGAGUCUCUAUCAUCGGUGGAGCUGGAGAAGCUGAAGGGGGCCGUGGACGAGAGAAAGAAACUGAUCCAAGUGUUGAGGGGAAAACCUUGGCCAAUGAAAAAGAAAUGUGUGACUUUAUGGGAGUCUCAGGAGUUUGUGGAGAAAUACGAGGUGGCUUUAGGAAAAGGGAAAGGCAGGAAGCUCUACGCAUACAAGGUCAUGAUGGCCAACAAAUGGAUGAAGUUUCAACGGGACUUUGACAAUUUCAAAACUGCUUGUAUUCCAUGGGAGAUGAAAAUCAAGGAGAUUGAAAGUCAUUUUGGCUCCUCAGUUGCCUCUUACUUUAUCUUUCUGAGGUGCAUGUAUGGCAUCAACAUGAUCAUAUUUUGUCUGACCUUUGGCCUGGUUAUGGUGCCAGAGGCAUUAAUGGGGAGGCCCUAUGGCACCAUCCCACGAAAGACUGUCCCCAGGGCUGAGGCAACCAGUGCCAUGGACUUUGCUGUCUUAUGGGACUUUAAAGGUUACGCUCAGUACUCAGUACUCUUCUACGGUUAUUACAACAACCAGCGAGCCGUUGGCUGGCUCAAGUUCCGUCUGCCCUAUAGCUAUAUGGUGGUUAUAAGAACGAUGGCCCGUAAUGCAAAUGAGUCGGGGGUCGGAGAUGAUAACAGCUUCAAUUUUAAAUGGAAAAUGUUCACCAGCUGGGACUACUUGAUAGGAAACCCUGAAACUGCAGACAAUAAGUUUGCCUCCAUCACCACCAGUUUCAAGGAAGCAAUCUUAGAGGAACAGGAGAGCCGAAAGGAUGACAACAUUCAUCUGACUCGUUUUCUGCGAGUGCUGGCCAACUUCCUGGUCUUGUGCUGCUUAGCAGGAAGUGGAUACCUCAUCUACUUCGUAGUGCGCCGCUCUCAGAAGUUUGCCCUUGAUGGACUUGAGAAUCACACCUGGUGGGAAAGGAAUGAGGUGAAUAUAGUCAUGUCCUUGCUGGGGAUGUUCUGCCCCAUGCUAUUUGAUGUCAUUAGCGCCCUGGAGAACUAUCACCCUUGUGUGGCCCUACAGUGGCAGCUGGGUCGCAUCUUUGCCCUCUUCUUGGGAAAUCUCUACACCUUCAUCAUUGCACUCAUGGAUGAGAUCAACCUCAAAAGGGAAGAGGAAAAGAUCAUUAAGUUUAAUAUAACCACGUGGGAAGCCAGUCUUUACAACGGUACAGUGUCAGAAAAUAACACCGCUCCACCCGUUACUUUCCAGCCUGCUGAUGUGCCGAGAGGGCCCUGCUGGGAGACCAUGGUGGGCCAGGAGUUUGUUCGACUGAUCAUAUCUGAUACCAUGACAACCUACAUCACGCUGCUGAUCGGUGACUUCCUGAGAGCCGUGCUUGUUCGUUUCCUCAACUACUGCUGGUGUUGGGACCUUGAGGCCGGAUUUCCGUCCUACUCUGAGUUUGAUGUCAGUGGGAACGUACUGGGCCUAAUCUUUAAUCAAGGAAUGAUUUGGAUGGGGGCUUUCUAUGCCCCCUGCCUGCCUGCCCUGAACGUCCUCCGGCUCCACGUGUCCAUGUACCUGCAGUGCUGGGCCGUGAUGUGCUGCAAUGUGCCGCAGGAAAGGGUCUUCAAGGCCUCUGGCUCCAAUAACUUCUCCAUGGCCAUGCUGCUGGUCAUUCUCUUCCUGUCCACUCUGCCCGCCAUCUACACUAUCGUCACCAUCCCCCCUUCCUUUGACUGUGGACCCUUCAGUGGGAAAAAUCAUAUGUUUGAUGUGAUCCAGGAGACUCUUGAGAUGGACUUCCCUGCCUGGUUUGGUAAAGUGUUCAGCUAUGCAUCCAACCCUGGACUGGUGCUACCCUUCAUAUUGCUUAUGGUACUGACCAUUUAUUACUUGCAAUCCACAUCCAAAAGCUACAAAGAAGCUAAUGUGGAGCUGAAGAAAAAACUACAAACGCAAAAUGAAGAGAAUAAGAAAAAGAACAAACUGGCAGCGCUGAAGGCACAAAUGGAUCUAGAAGAAGCCAGAAAAGCCUCAUCGCAGACUGCAGAGCAACAAAAGAACAACGAUUCUUCACUACAAGACCAAGCGGAUGAAGAAGAAGAAGACCACAGUAGUAGUCGGAGGCUAUAUCACGGUAAGAAGGGACGCAACGUUCCUCCUCCAGGUCGAGACCAAGAAGGCCAGCUUUCAGCCACCAGAGCCCCUGUCCCCAGGGCCUAUCACCAUGGUAACCAUGGGGCUCCUGGGUACCUGCCCGGUUUCCCUCGGCAAAGCGAACCGAGGAGGCAGAGGGUGCCGCGUCUGCAGAGACACUAAGGGAAUGCAAAUGAUUUUGUCAGCAGAUGUUACUCAAAAUCAAGCACAUGGAGAAAAUCACAUAAUGGGAAGUUAGUCAGUUGGAGCACAUUUUCUUUUUUAAAUUGUGUUCAUGAUAAUAGAAAAAGCAGCAAACAUUUCAAUGAGUAGUUGUUGCAUUUUUUUAACCAAAUAAACGUUAAAAAGAACACAAUCGUAUUUCCUUUCUAUGUUGAAUUACACUUCGGAAAUGCGUCACGUGUCUUUUGAAA